GCCGCCGCCUUCGGCUGCGUCAAUAGCAAUUUUCAGCGGUGACCUCUGGUGGGCUUCGCCGCCAGGUGCCGGAGGGCACGCCUGCUCCGCCUCCUCCCUCGGGAAGGGGGCCGAGGAAGGGGCAUGUGGGGUCCCCCCUGACAGUGGCCAGGUCGGGGUGACGCGCGCCCAGAUGGCCAAGUGGCUACGGGACUACCUGAGCUUUGGCGGGCGGAGGCCCCCUCCGCAGCCGCCCACCCCCGACUACACGGAGAGCGACAUCCUGCGGGCCUACCGCGAGCAGAAGGACCUGGACUUCGAGGACCCCUACGAGGACGCCAGCGACGGCCGCGGGGAGCCGGAUCCCGCGAGCCCCGCAGAAGCCAAGUACGACUCUCCCAAGCACCGGCUGAUCAAGGUGGAGGCGGCGGACAUGGCCAGGGCCAAGGCUUUGCUGGGCAGCCCCGGGGAGGAGCCCGAAGUGGACCCCGAGUAUUCGGACCCCUUUGAUGCCCGGCCUCACCCGCCGCCCCCCGAUGACGGUUACAUGGAGCCCUACGACGCCCAGCGGGUCGUGAGCGAACUGCCGAGCAGAGGGGUGCAGCUGUAUGACACCCCCUACGAGGAGCAGGGCCGAGAGCCAGAGGAGGGGGCCCCGUGCGGGCAGAGGCCUCGGCAGAGCCGGCUGCCCCCGGAGGACGAACGGCCGGCCGACGAGUACGACCAGCCCUGGGAGUGGAAGAAGGACCACAUCUCCAGGGCGUUCGCAGUGCAGUUUGACAGUCCGGAGUGGGAGAGGACGCCAGGCGCAGCCAAGGAGCUCCGGAGACCCCCGCCCAGAAGCCCCCAGCCCGCGGAGCGCGUGGACCCAGCCCUGCCCUUGGAGAAACAACCGUGGUUUCAUGGCCAGCUGAGCCGGGCAGACGCUGAGAACCUGUUGUCCCUCUGCAAGGAGAGCAGUUACCUCGUGCGGCUCAGUGAGACCAGCCCCCAGGACUGCUCCCUGUCCCUCAGGAGCAGCCAGGGCUUCCUGCACCUGAAGUUCGCGCGGACCCGAGAGAACCAGUUCGUGUUGGGCCAGCACAGCGGCGCCUUCGCCAGCGUGCCCGAGCUGGUCCUGCACUACAGCUCGCGCCCCCUGCCGGUGCAGGGCGCCGAGCACCUGGCCCUGCUCUACCCGGUGGCCGCGCAGGCUCCCUGCCCCGCGCCCUGACCUACCGCCGCGCGCGCCGGGAGGACCGAGGACCGACUCCCCGCCCCUCCAGCCCCUGCACCCCUCCAGGAUCUGGGAUCACUG